AUGGAGUUGCUUCCAAAACCCUUGUAUAGAAACAUCAACCGAUUUUGGCGGCGGAGAAAAUACCGGCGGCUGGACGAUGCGGCAAGAGGGCGGAAGAAGCUAGCGGUGGCGCGGUUUGGUAGUGAGCCGGUGCAGCGAAAGUGGAAGUUGAGAGCUCCAAAGAGGCUGCGAAUACUGCGAUUAAUUGGAAGAUCGCCUCUGAAGCUGUGGAGUAAAAUAAAGAGUGGGUAUGUUAACAUGAUGGUCAGCUUGGCAGGUAACGUGGGUUCUUUGAACACUAAUAAUGUUUUUGGAGCAAAACGAAUCCCAAAAUCUAAGCCAGCUCGUAAUACAAUCGUUUAUUCUGGGGAUGAAGUGGAGAGAAGAUUGGUUAUUGAGAUCUAUAAGGCUUUGCAGAUAAUUUCGGCUCAUGAUCAUGAUCAACAUGGUGAUCAUUAA